UUUUGUCUGUGGUGUAAAUGAAAGUCCAGCCUCAUUCUGUUGCCUGCAGAGGUCUGGUUUUCCCAGCUCCGUGCUUCGAAGAGACUGUCCCUGUUCUCCAUGGAAUGUCUUUCUAUGUCCAUCUAUUGAAGGUCAUUGGAGUUGCUUCCAGUUUCUGACAGUCAUGAAUAAAGCUGUCAUAACGUGUGUACAGGUUUUCAUUCCUUUGGAGCAGAUACUUAGGAGUGGGUUUGCAGGGUCAUGUAGGAGGAGUGUAUUUAACUUUAUGGAAACAUCCAGACCCUUCUUAGUGUGGGUGCACCACACGGCUGUGUGUGAGAAUUCCGGUUGCUUCACAUCCUCCUGGUCUUUGUAUCAUCAGCUUUUCGUUGGUGCUUUUUAAGCUGUUCUAAUAGGCAUGCAGUAGUAUUCUUGUGGUUUUAGUUUGCAUUUUUUUGUGGGUUAAUGAUGUCGAGCAGCUUUCUGUGUGCUCAUUUGGACUUCUCUUUUGCUGAAGUGUCUGUUCACAUCUUCUGCCUACUUUUAAAUUGUGUUGUUAAAAAUAAAUAAAUUGUGUUGUUGUUGAGUUCUUUGGGUAUUCUGCAGGCAAGUUCUUUGUCGGAUGUGAUUUGCAAGUAUUUUCCACCUAUAGCUUGUUUUUUUCAUUUUCUACUGUCCUCUCUAUAUUCAUUCCAUUGUACAUAUCUCAUUUUUGGGGUAGGUUUAUGUUCACAGCACAAUUGAACAGGAACCCCCGGAGUUCCCCUAUACCCACUCCCCGGCCUCCAUCCCUGUCAGCAUCCUCACCAGAGCAGUACGUUUGUUGCAGUCCACAAAGCCCAGGUGACUCAUCAUCAAGCAGAGUCUGUAGUUUACAUUGGGGUCACUUUUGGUGCUGUAUGUUUUUAUAUUUUUAAACUAAGACUUAAUUUUGGGGAUUCCCCUGGUGGUCCAGUAGUUAAGAAUCCAUCUUGCAAUGCAAGCAGCAGGUUCAGUCCCUGGUUGGGGAACUAAGAUCCCACCUGCCUCGGGGCAACUAAACCUGCAUGUUGCAACUAGAGAGUCUGUGCGUGACAAUGAAAGAUCAUGCAUGCCGCAGACCUGACACAGCUAAAUAUAUAAGUAAAAAGAACUGAAGGGGAAAACUUUGCUGAGUUUUACCAGAUAUUUACCACAUGUGUUGCCUUCCUCCAUUCCUGAAGCUUCAGGCUUCCCUCUGCUAUAAUCUCCGUCUGUCUGAAGGACCCUGUUAACAUUGCUUUUAGAGCAGGUGUGCUUGUGGCCAGUUGUCUUAAGUUUCCUUUAUCUGAAAAUGUCUCUAUUGUGCCUUCCUUUCUGAAGAGUCUUCUCCCUGUUGCAGAAUGCAGGCCUGAGGCUCUUUCCUUUCAGUAUGUUAAGGAAGUCCCUGCCUCUGGUUCCGUGGUUCUGGGGAGAGUCCCGAACGCCUUCAGGUUGCUGUUCUUUUGUGGGAAAUGCGUACCUUUUUAAUCUGCUGUUUUUGUAACAUUCUUACUUUGUCAUCCGUUUUCAGCAAUUUGAUUAUGCUCUCGGCAUAGAUUUCUUUUGAAUUUAUUCUGCUUGAAGUUUGUUGGACUUCUUGAGUGUGCCCGGGGCCCUGGCGUCUCCUAUCCGCUGAGCCAUGGCCACCCCCGAUGUGAGUGUCCACAUGGAGGAGGUGGUGGUGGUGACGACGCCUGACACAGCGGCGGAUGGCAGUGGUGUGGAGGAGGUGAAGACUGUGCUGGUCACCACCAACCUCGCCCCACACGGCGGUGACCUGACAGAAGACAACAUGGAGACGGAAAAUGCCGCAGCGGCUGCUGCAGCGGCGUUCACAGCAUCCUCGCAGCUCAAGGAGGCCGUGUUAGUGAAGAUGGCUGAAGAAGAGGAGAGCCUGGAGGCAGAGAUUGUGUACCCCAUCACCUGCGGGGACAGCAGGGCCAACCUGAUCUGGAGGAAGUUUGUGUGCCCCGGCAUCAAUGUGAAGUGUGUGCAGUAUGAUGAGCACGUCAUCAGCCCCAAGGAGUUUGUGCACCUGGCCGGCAAGUCCACCCUGAAGGACUGGAAGCGAGCCAUCCGGAUGAACGGCAUCAUGCUUAGGAAGAUCAUGGACUCUGGGGAGCUGGACUUCUACCAGCAUGACAGGGUCUGCUCCAACACCUGCCGCAGCACCAAGAUCGACCUCUCUGGGGCGCGCGCGUCCCUGGGCAGCCCCACGCCCACUGAGUACAUCCCGCUCACGCCGGCCACCGCUGAUGUGAAUGGGGCUCCUGCGACCAUCACCAUCGAGACCUGCGAGGACCCAGGGGACUGGACCACAGCCGUUGGAGAUGAUACGUUCGCCUUCUGGCGGGGGCUGAAGGACGCAGGCCUGCUGGACGAGGUCAUACAAGAGUUCCACCAGGAGCUGGUGGAAACCAUGAAGGGCCUGCAGCAGCGGGUGCAGGACCCGCCCCUGCAGCUCCGAGACGCCGUCCUCCUCAACAACAUUGUACAAAACUUUGGCAUGCUGGACCUGGUGAAGAAGGUGCUGGCCAGCCACAAGUGUCAGAUGGACCGUUCUCGGGAGCAGUAUGCCCGCGACCUGGCAGCCCUGGAGCAGCAGUGUGACGAGCACCGCCGGCGGGCCAAAGAGCUCAAGCACAAGUCACAACACCUCAGCAACGUGCUUAUGACGCUCACGCCGGUCUCCCUGCCACCCCCUGUCAAGCGGCCGCGGCUCGCAAGGGCCACGUCCGGGCCGGCCGCCAUCGCCUCGCAGGUGCUCGCCCAGUCUGCCCAGAUCGCCCUGACCCCCGGCGUGCCCGUCUCCCAGCUCACCGGUGUGCCACUGGGCAAAGUGGUGUCCACCCUGCCCUCCCCCAUGCUGGGCAAGGCAGCGCCCCAGGCCGCUCCAGCCAGCUCCCCCGCCUCGCCACUGCUUGGCGGCUACACGGUGCUGGCCUCCUCCGGCACCACCUUCCCCAACACGGUGGAGAUCCACCCGGACGCGUCCAGCCUCACGGUCCUGAGCACGGCCGCCAUGCAGGACGGCAGCACUGUGGUCAAGGUGGUGAGCCCAUUGCAGCUGCUCACCCUGCCUGGCCUGGGCCCCACCCUGCAGAACGUGGCCCAGGUGUCGCCCGGGGGCAGCACCAUCGUGACGGUGCCCACGGGGACUGUCGAGAGUGCCGUGGCUCCCUCGGGACCUGAGGAGCACACAGCCACCAUCGAGGUGGCCACCAUGGCGGAGGGCCAUGAGCACAAGUAGCAGCCAGUGGAAGGCGAGGCCUCAUGUGGGCACUGGGCUGGCCGCCCCUCCUCAGGCUGCAGGGCACAGCGCCGGUGCCCACGGGCCACGCGGGGCUGCUGAACCAAAGAGAGGAAACGCCAAAACAGACGGAGAAGAGAGGAGAGGCAAGGGACGUGGCAGCAGCCUGGGGUGUGGGGCUCUGAGCUCUGAACCUCCUCCCCUGUUUUCCUGGGAAAUAUAUUUUUCCAUCUGUUGCUUAUUAAUACUGUUUACACGUGGGGCCUUGGUGAGGAGCCAGGUGGGGGGCCAGGGGCCCAAUGCAGCUGGCGGCAGGGGCAGGGCAGGGGCAGGGCCUCGGCCCAUAGCUGGGGAGCCCGUUACUAACACGUGUCUUGGGAACUGUCCCCAAGUGUGGAAACCCAUGGAUCCUAUGGAUUUGGUUUCUUCCCACAGUUUUCUGUAGGUUUAGUGUGGCCAGCACUCUGCUCUCCCAUCUCUGGCAUAAGCAUCAGUGGUGCUGCAGGUCUGCACGUGGCUCAGGGGCCUCCAGGGCCCCCGGGGGUCGGGGUGCAGGCCCUGGGACACCCGCCUGGCCACAGGGACCCCGGGGUCCAAGCAGCACAGGCCAGAACACCCCCCCAUCCCUGCCCGCAGAUGCUCAGGGGCCAUUGCACAUGCUCUGUGGGUGUUUCUAAGUGAACCCCUUAGUAGGCUCCAACAAAGAGUCAGGUUUAUCGUGUUUUCAACCUAAAUGAGGCAGAGUGCCUGGGCUCCCUGAUCUGCUCUGGUUUCAGGAGUGUCUUCUACACAGGGAUGGUUGGGACGGCCCUGGGGGCAAGAGGCAGGUGUGCCCUGUGACUUUUCCUGGGGAAGACACAUGGAGAGAACGACCAGGGCCCACGGAGGGGUCACUCCACGUCCAGUGGGGACAUGCCUCAGGUUGGGGCUCAUGGUCUGAUGUUCAACUCCAGGCUCAGCUCCAUGCUGGUGGGCCCCCCCAGAGGUGGGCUGCAUCCCACUGGCUGACACUGGUGCCCCAAGGCAUCUGGGACCAGCAUGGGUGAGGUGGCACCCAGGUGCUUGUGGGGAGGGUGUCUGUGGGCUGGCUGGCCCUCUGCUUUUCUGGUCUUGGACUUGGAAAGACCAGGGAGGGGCUGCUCUGCAGGCUUUGAGCCACUGCAGCUGGGGAUACCCACGGCCACCCUGGGCCUCCUGUCCAUCUGACACCUGUGGAGACCCAGAGAGAAGCCUCUGCCCGCCUCGCACUUUGAAGGGAACUGGGCUCCGUCCAUUCGUCCUUCCGUCCGUCAGGUCCCCUGGACCCACCUCAGCGCCCUCACUGAGGCUGUUUUGUUUCUGUCAUGUCUGGUCGGCUGCCAUUUUGGGCGUGAUGGUUUCAGCGCAGUGUCACUUCCUUGUUUGUUAGACGCUCCUCUUCCAAGGGCGUCUCUGAUACACGCAGUUGAGCCUAUGGACGGGGCACCCCAGCCAGUCCCUCAUCCGGCUCAGAUCAUAUCAGAACAUGUUGCUAGUGAAACUGGGCAUCUUGUGCUUGGAACCUUGACCAUUCAGACCUGCUAUGCCCUGAAAAGCUGCCUCUGCCUGCCGGCCAUGGGGCACUGGGUGGAAAGUUCGUUUCAGAGCCAUAUAGACAGAACCGUGAUGGCUGCUCCCAGACACGGUGCCUGGGGGCAGAGCUCCGGGUGUGGGAAGGGGCCCACUGUCCUCUAGGAACCUUCAGCCCGGUGUGGGGAUCGGGCCAUCUCACUGUCAGCGCCCCACCCUUCCCCCCACCAGGCAUGCGGGGGGCUGUUCUGGGCUCAGGCUCCGGGAGGCAGGAUUGGAUCUGGGGGGCUCGGAGGCAGCCUGGGCAAGGGACACCUCUGAGUUCUACUUUGUACGUUGUUUUGCAAGUAUCUGCUUGGUACUUUGAUUUCAAAUAAAAACAUUUUUCAUAA